GCCUACGUCGGGCUGCGUGACAAUGGGGCGGGCCGCGGGCCGCGGCUGCUGGCCUCUGUGGGUGGUGGAGCUGCAGCCACUGCCGCCGCCGCCGCAUCACCUGUCGGGAUUUGAAAGAUUAGAAACUCCGGGUGGAGAAAGCGGCGGCGUUGAAUGUGUGGCAGAAGCGCUGGGGGUCACGGCUCGGCGCGCGGCCGGGCAGCCGGCGGCGUCUCUACACCAUGAAUUAUCCGGGCCGCGGGUCGCCGCGGAGCCCGGAACAUAACGGCCGAGGCGGCGGCGCCUGGGAGCUGGGCUCGGAUGCAGAGCCGGCGUUCGGCGGCAGCGUCUGCUGCUUCGAGCACCUGCCCGGCGGGGAUCCGGGCGACGGCGACGUGCCCCUGGCCCUGCUGCGCGGGGAGCCGGGGCUGCACUCGGCGCCGGGCGCCGAGGACCACAACCACCACCUGGCGCUGGACUCUUGCCUCAGUGACGAGAACUAUGACUUCAGCUCGGCGGAGUCGGGCUCCUCGCUGCGCUACUACAGCGAGGGCGAGAGCGGAGGCGGCGGCAGCUCCUUGUCGCUGCACCCGCCGCAGCAGCCGCCGCUGGUCGCGACGAACUCUGGGGGUGGCGGGGCGGCGGGAGGGGGGACAGGGGAGAGGAAGCGCACCCGGCCGGGCGGCUCGGCUGCCCGGCACCGCUACGAGGUAGUGACGGAGCUGGGCCCGGAGGAAGUGCGCUGGUUCUACAAGGAGGACAAGAAGACCUGGAAACCCUUCAUCGGCUACGAUUCGCUCCGCAUCGAACUCGCCUUCCGGACCCUGCUGCAGGCCACGGGUGGCCGGCCCCAGGCCAAGCACCGGGACGGCGACCAUGUGUGCGGCACGGCCUCUCCCGCCGACCCGGCCUCCAGUUCCGGGGAGUACGAAGACGUGGACAGCGCCUGCGGCUUCUGCCCGCGCACGGCGGGGCUCGAGCCCGAGCUGGUGGAGCUGGUGAAUAUCGAGCCAGUGUGCGUGCGGGGCGGCCUCUACGAGGUGGAUGUGACCCAAGGAGAGUGCUACCCAGUGUACUGGAACCAGGCUGAUAAAAUACCAGUAAUGCGCGGACAGUGGUUUAUUGAUGGUACUUGGCAGCCUCUAGAAGAAGAAGAAAGUAAUUUAAUUGAGCAAGAACAUCUCAGUUGUUUUAGGGGUCAGCAGAUGCAGGAAAAUUUUGAUAUUGAAGUGUCAAAAUCCAUAGAUGGAAAAGAUGGCAGUGGGAUCAACUAUUCUGUUGUCUACCACCUCCCUCCCUUCUCCCUCCCUUCUCUGUUCAAAUGGAGAGGAAAUAAGGAGAGUACAGAUGCGGCAGGUCUUAAACGAAAGCGUUCCCAAGCUAUUCAUAGUUUCAAGUUGAGUCGAAACCAUGUGGACUGGCACAGUGUGGAUGAAGUAUAUCUUUAUAGUGAUGCAACAACAUCUAAAAUUGCAAGAACAGUUACCCAAAAACUGGGAUUUUCAAAAGCAUCAAGUAGUGGAACGAGACUUCAUAGAGGUUAUGUAGAAGAAGCUACAUUAGAAGACAAGCCAUCACAGACUACCCAUAUUGUAUUUGUUGUGCAUGGCAUUGGGCAGAAAAUGGACCAAGGAAGAAUUAUCAAAAAUACAGCCAUGAUGAGAGAGGCUGCAAGAAAAAUAGAAGAAAGGCAUUUUUCUAACCAUGCAACACAUGUUGAAUUUCUCCCUGUUGAAUGGCGGUCAAAGCUUGCUCUUGAUGGAGACACUGUUGAUUCCAUUACUCCUGACAAAGUACGAGGUUUAAGGGAUAUGUUGAACAGCAGUGCAAUGGACAUAAUGUAUUAUACUAGCCCACUUUAUAGAGAUGAACUAGUUAAAGGCCUUCAGCAAGAGCUGAAUCGAUUAUAUUCCCUUUUCUGUUCUCGGAAUCCAAACUUUGAAGAAAAAGGGGGUAAAGUCUCAAUAGUGUCCCAUUCCUUGGGAUGUGUAAUUACUUAUGACAUAAUGACUGGCUGGAAUCCAGUUCGACUCUAUGAACAGCUGCUGCAGAAGGAAGAAGAGUUGCCUGAUGAACGAUGGCUGAGCUAUGAAGAACGACAUCUUCUGGAUGAACUCUAUAUAACAAAACGACGGCUGAAGGAAAUAGAAGAACGGUUACAUGGAUUGAAGGCAUCAUCAAUGACACAAACACCUGCCUUAAAAUUUAAGGUUGAGAAUUUCUUCUGUAUGGGAUCCCCACUAGCAGUUUUUUUGGCAUUGCGUGGCAUCCGCCCAGGAAACACUGGAAGUCAAGACCAUAUUUUGCCUAGAGAGAUUUGUAACCGGUUACUAAAUAUUUUUCAUCCUACAGAUCCAGUGGCUUAUAGAUUAGAACCGUUAAUACUUAAACACUACAGCAACAUUUCACCUGUCCAGAUCCACUGGUACAAUACUUCAAAUCCUCUACCUUAUGAACAUAUGAAACCAAGCUUUCUCAACCCAGCAAAAGAACCUACCUCAGUUUCAGAGAGUGAAAGCAUUUCAACCAUACCAAGCCCCCUGACCUCACCAGUCUUGUCCCGCCGACACUAUGGAGAAUCCAUAACGAAUAUAGGCAAAGCAAGCAUAUUAGGGGCUGCUAGCAUUGGAAAGGGACUUGGAGGAAUGUUGUUCUCAAGAUUUGGACGUUCAUCAACGUCACAGCCAUCUGAGACAUCAAAAGAUUCAAUGGAAGAUGAGAAGAAGCUAGUUGCCUCACCUCCUCCUACCACCAUAGCGACACAGACCCUUCCACAUAGCAGUUCCGGCUUUCUCGAUUCUGCAUAUUUCAGACUUCAGGAAUCGUUCUUUAAUCUCCCACAACUUCUUUUUCCGGAAAAUGUAAUGCAGAAUAAAGAUAAUGCCCUCGUGGAGUUGGAUCACAGGAUUGAUUUUGAACUCAGAGAAGGCCUCGUGGAGAGCCGCUAUUGGUCAGCUGUCACGUCGCACACUGCCUACUGGUCAUCCUUGGAUGUUGCCCUCUUUCUUUUAACCUUCAUGUACAAACAUGAGCACGAUAAUGAUGCAAAACCCAAUUUAGAUCCAAUCUGAACUCGUGACGGACAUUAAUGGCCCAAAACUGAUUUUUUUUUUCUGUUAAAAUGUGUGUGUCAAGUUAUGGAGAUUUCGGGGUUAAGUAUGUUUCAGUUUUGUUUAGGGCAAGAAAUAUUUUGAAUUUAAAAGCACUUUAUUUUAUUUAAAAAAAAAAGAAAACAUGUUUUCAGUCCUAAAGAAGUUAUUUACAGUUUCCAUCAUUUUGAUUAUGAGUCUGACAGCCCCCUGCAGAGAAUCAAGCAAGCCUGGAAGGAAGGAAGUUUUAGGUGAACUACAUGUAAAGGCUAUGAAUCACAAUCUAACUUCUCCCAAAUAUAAAAGCAUAUUAAUGAGUUGAAUCUAAUGUAUUAACCAAAAUAUGUUAUAAAUUGAAAAUGGUCAAGUUUAUUCUAUGUAAAGAUCACAAGGUGGUAUCAUUGUUUUAGAUUUCUAUGAAAGCUUCCAUUUCCACAUCCUUUUGAAAGAAGAAUAGAACAGAUUUAAAAUGUUUUCAGUUUAACUUGUUUAGAAAACUAAUGCUAAAGAAGAAACAAUAUUUGAACUACUGUAUAAUUUAUUGCCUCUGACCAAUUGCUUUAUUUCAGUGUAUAAAACAUUACAUUUUUAAUAUAAUUUAAGAACCACAUUUAUUUUCUAUACUGUUACAACCCUCUUUUCUCAGAACUCCAUCUUUGUACUCUUCAGAUGAAUAUAUAGACACUGUGGCAUACUUGCAGUAUUUUUUUUUCAUUAAAAACUUGAGGUUUCACACAAAUAAUGCUAGUUCAAUUUUUUUAAUGAAGUUUUUAUUGUCACAAGUACCUCAGAGAAAGCUAAAGUUUUUCUAAACUUGACACAUAGUACUCCAUAAUGGGUACAUUUCAUUAACUUUAAUAGAAAAUUAUUGAAUGUCUUAAUAGGGAGUAUGACACCUGUUUUAAAUGUAUAAACAUUUGUGUGCCAAACAACAUAUGUGAAGGGAUGGAAUGCCACUAACAAAUUUUAUUUUUAAAGUGCUUGAAAAACCACUGACAUACAAGGCACAAUAAGUCAGGAUUCUGAGGCACUGGAAGGGUUUUCCUCAGCUAGAAUUGUUUCCACAGUGCUGUUCAUCUGAGGGGCUCAAAGUAUAAGAGGGGUACAUUCAAUAAUCUACGUAGUAGCUCCUUGAGGUAAGUAAAAUAGUGUUAUUCUCCGGUUAGAUGUUAAUACACCAAGGCACCAAAGCAUUUAAAGUGCCUUGCAUUAGAUUACAUAGCAAAUUAGAAAAGCUUGGAUUGAAUCCAAACGACUCUUUUAUAUACUGUUCAGUGAAUUUAUUCACAUAUGACCUCCUAGUACUUUGCAAAUAAUAACAGAAGUUGCAAUUCAUAAUUUGGAAAAUGACCGUGAAGCCAGUAUGUUACCCUGCUUGACUUCCACAUUCUUGGAUUUGCACACACAAAGGAGGAGUUACAUACAGGUGAUCAGUAGCCAUCUCUGCCACACCCAGCCCUCACUUUUGAGUGGUUUCCACUAAGCUCCACUUAUGGUGCUGUCUUUGCUUAUCCUGCAAGGAAUUUCUUAGCUUCCCAGUAAUUCUUGUCAAACUGGGAGCAAAGUUGGCCAGUUGUGUAUCUCACCUACUCCUUUCUUUGUAAGAUACUGGGGUCAGUGGCUUACUCAUAGGUUUUACUGAGCACCAUUAGUACUGUUGGCUAUUUUGGCCUCUCAUUGAAUUUGCACAACGUAAAGCACUUCUUUUUAGUGUUUAAAAAAAUCCCAAGACUCCGUGACCAAGUACGUGACUAAUCAUUAAAAAACCCUUGCUAUAAAAGGCUUUUGACGCAAUCUCAGCAAAGCUGAAGCAAUCUCUUGAAUUUAGAGAUUCCUAUGAACUCAGGUCAUUUUCAUAGCCUGUUUAUUUUGUAGGUCUAAUUUAGUUCUCAGGAAAUUUAAACUCACAUUAUAUGACUAUAUCAUUAAAGGUACUUGAGCAUAUGUUGCUGUAGGUGGUGUGACACUCAAAUAACGUAAGACCUUUAAGGGAUUCAUUCUUAACCACUGGAUUGUGAAGAGCCCUUUUUACCUGAGAAGAGUGAAAUUCAUGUCAAACUUUAAUUUGUUAUCAUUGAGGAAAAAGAAAAAUAUGUUCCCAUUGCCAUAGGAAAUUGUCUGCUUCCUUUUUUUAUUUCCAAAUAUGGAGAAAACAAAGUCAAAUUUAACCACUUUGAGUUUAUUUGAAUUCUUGGAAAAAACAAUAUUCAAAACCCCUUUUCAAAAUAAGAUGUUCUGGAUUACUGGACAGGUAUUUUGUUUUUAAUUCAUUAUUUCAUCAGUAGAGAUGGUGAUUUUGGUUUUAUAGUAUCUUUGUUUCUAUGUCUCUGCAUGUUAUCAUGGGAUGUACUUGUAUAUACUCAUUAAUAUACAGAGUAUGUGAAAUUCUGGCUUGAUUUAGAAGCUAAAUCAGUUACUGAGUAACAUUUUGCAACUUUAUUCCAGCAAUUACUAAAUUGGCCAAAAAUUUUGUUUUUGAUACCAUUAAAAUUUUAUUCUCUA